GUUAGUUGGCUGAGUCACCUACUACGUGCUUCGCGACAAGAUAGUAUUUACGAUUGGGAUAACACGCGUUGCUGGAGUGACGCAAUCAUACAGGUGAAGGCUAACGUUAAGCAACAUGUUUAGAGAUUCUUACUUAUAUAAGUGACAUCGAUUCAUCGUGCUACGUUCUUGCGUCGCGCGUCAGUGCGUCAAGUGCGUCAAAGCCACGAGUCGCACGAGUACUCGCCGAUGUUGGGUUAGAUUCAACGUGAGACACAAGUAAGUUCAGUCACAAGCUGGAACACACGAUCCGAUCCACGACGAGAAUGAUCUCGCAAUAACCAAAGAUCGCUCCACAGAAGAGUGACUUACUAGCUGCCGAUCGAUCGGUGCUUUUUGCGAUGAUGAGUCGUCACGCUGCGGUUCGAAUCUCAUUAGCUGCGCAACAAUAAUUUUUUUUAGAUAGGUCAGGAUUUUCCAAGUUCCCGUUGCAACGCGCGACAGAGUAGUCGAUCAGGAACGCGUGUGUCUGGAAAGCCGCGAAAAUGGGUGGUGGCGGACCGCGCAACAGAGGCAUUUUCUCAUACGAUACGCUGGUGCACGCGAUAUCCGGCGCGGCGGGUAGCGUCGUCGCGAUGGCAGCCUUCUACCCCUUGGAUACCGUGCGGAGCCGCUUACAAUUGGAGGAGGGUCGACAGUCGAAGAACACGUUGGCGGUCAUACAAGAACUCGUAGCGAAGGAGGGACCGUACACGUUAUACAGAGGCAUCGUUCCUGUCCUGCAGAGUUUAUGCGCCAGUAAUUUCGUUUACUUCUAUACGUUCCACGGUUUAAAAGAACUGAGAAGUAGGAGAAACCAAACAGCAGGAAGUGACUUGCUUCUCGCAUCGAUAGCAGGUGUUAUUAACGUUCUCACCACGACACCUCUAUGGGUCGUAAACACGAGGUUAAAGAUGAGAGGUGUCGAGACCGCUCCGGAAAAAAAUAACAAUGAAUACGAUACUUUGUAUGACGGUAUCGUGCAUAUAUGGAGAUACGAAGGAUUGCAACAUCUCUGGGCAGGUACUCUGCCGAGUCUGAUGCUAGUCAUGAAUCCCGCAAUUCAAUUUAUGACGUACGAAAGCAUCAAGAGAAGAGUCAACGCGUCUCUCGGCGAUGCCCAGCCACCGGCGUGGAUUUUCUUUGCUAUCGGUGCGAUCGCGAAAACGAUCGCCACAUCACUCACGUAUCCUCUGCAGCUCGUGCAAACGAAACUAAGACAUGGACAUAAAUAUCCUAAUUUACCUCCGAACGCAGGCACGCUGCAAAUAUUAUUUUACAUUCUAAAGAGGCAAGGAAUACGUGGCUUGUACAAAGGGAUGGAGGCGAAAUUGCUACAAACCGUCCUCAUGGCCGCCCUGAUGUUCCUGGCUUACGAAAAAAUUGCGCGAUUCGUUUUCCGUAUACUUCUACAUCGACCCGUUCUCAGAUAACGACUGUAAGGUCGCGACGGCGAGAUGAACUUAAUAUCUUGAAUCUGAUAUUUAAGUUUUCGGGUCAGUUCUCUUAGGCCGGUAUUCACAGUUGUGAAUUAUUCACAAAUUAUGAUUGAGAAUUAAAUUUAUUAUGGAUUUGUAUUAUGGAUUAUAUUAUGGAUUGUAUUAUGGAUUUGUAUUAUGGACUAUUAGGAUCAAUAUUUCACUUAAGUAACAACUGAAGUACAGACUGACAGAUAAUCGGAGUUUUAAGAAACUACGAUUAUUUGUCAAAUGAUAACGGGCUACGUGAAUACUGAUCUUACAUUCCUUUUACUAUAGCAAAUGUUAUUUUCCUCGCAAGAUCUUAUAGGUAAAUGUGUGUAAUAAGUUAACGGGAGUUAUAGGUAAAUGUGUGUAAUGAGUUAACGGGAAAUUAUGUUAAUGCGGCGAUCGAUCGAGAAAUAGUUCUCUAAUAGGGCUUGCAUUAGUCCUUCUUUGUUCCUUUUUUGAUUCUCUCUAUACGUAAAAUUAUUUUGUACUACGUCGUUAUAUCGUUGUGAAAUAUGCACACAUCGAGAUGACCGUAAGGAAAGCGAUUAAAUUAAAACAAAAGCUCCGUUCCGAUAUUCAUUGCCAAUAUUGAAAAUCCGUAAUAACAUGAACUAUAGAUUUUCAAUACUGACAGUGAAUAUCGGAAUACAAAGUGUACGAAUUGAAGAGGUUCAAUAAUCGAAUUGAUGUUGAAACACGCGAUCGGUAAUUGAACAGCCGAUGACAUCGCGCCGAGAGAACUAAUGGUUAGCUGGUCGUGCAAAAGUAUCCGUGGAAGCAUCUCCGAUGAAAGAUGUGAACUUAUUCGCGCGAGAUACUGGCGAAUUUACGAAAAUCACAGCUUUGCAUUCGACCGCAAUUUGGGUACAAGUUGAAUCACCUAGUGCCGCUUCUGCUGACGCGAAAGAAAAAUGCGAGAAGGCAGGAUGAAAAGACAGACCGCGUAAAUAUCAGCGCGCGCCGCGACAACCGCCGCAAGAUCGAUCGCAAACGAUCCGAGGUGCUAUUGAGACUCCUCUCAAAACUUAAAAUACGCAAGUCACCUAAAAAUCGAGCUCAACCUGAUGUUACCAAACCGCCAAUUUCCACGUGAGUCCUCGUAGAUUAAAUCUCUGCAUUUUCUCUUUCUAUCCUCGAAUUUACACAAUGCUUUAGUGAUAGUUUUUAGGUAUCACUAUAAGCAUAGUAUUUUCAGUAUCGAAAUGAGUAUUCGGUAUAUUUUAAUAUUAUUAGAAACUCUGACUUAUUACACCUACCAUUGUAACCAAACUUUUACUAGGACAAUGUUGAAAUAUAUAGACUAAAAAAGAA